AUGGCGGCCAAUAUUGUAUUUGUUGAUGAAGGAACUAUUGAUGAAGUUGUCGGCGGAGAGGAUAGCGAUUUAGAUGAAAAUACGGAUAAUUCUGAAAGCAGUGAAGAAGAAGAUGACAGAAGAGAAGAAGACAGUGAUGGCGAGGCGGACAGCGAAGAAGAAACCGAAGAAGACAACUGGGUCCUUGGCGAUCGCAUCCCGCGAAGGCUUGACUUCACAGCUGAUCGAGGGUUGAAUGUGGAGCUUCCUAACAAUCCAUCAUUCUCUGACUACUUUCAUCUCCUCUUCCCCGAAAACCUAUUCAACGAGAUUGCAUCCCAAACAAAUAAAUAUGCUACGGAAACAAUCGCAUCUUUACAGCGAAGAGGUCGUUUACCUCAGCACUCGAGAUUUAGAAAUUGGCCUGAGGAUGGUGUGACAGCUGGUGAGAUAAAAGCUUUUCUUGCCAUGAUCAUUGCAAUGGGCCUGGUGAAUCAAGAGAAUAUCCAGGAUUACUGGUCCAUCGACGAGGAAGGGUAUGACCCAAUAAAAAAGCUUGGCACUAUAUACAGCGUUGUCACUGGGAAAUUUUCAGAUGUCUGGAAGCCAGGCAAAAAUAUUUGCAUUGAUGAGGGAAUGAUUCCAUUCAGAGGAAAGGUGCAUUUCAAAGUGUAUAAUCCUGACAAGCCAGAUAAGUAUGGUGUUAAGUCAUACCAGUUGUGUGACUCAAGUAAUGGAUAUUGUUGUAGGUUUGAAAUUUACACUGGUGUAAACCCAGAACCACCCAGUGCUAAAGGAAAGACAUAUGACUUAGUCAUGAGGCUCAUGCAACCUUAUUUGAAUGAGAUUUGUUUUUUGUUAAUGUAUAAUUUUUGUCAAGUUUUUCCAAAAGCAUGA